UUUGGCUUCCCCUUCCUCCAUAGUCCUCCUUGUUUCCCUCCAUCGCUGCUGAUCUGUCAGUGCUCGGACGUUGCGUUAAGGUGCGGAUCCGAGUCCCGCUCUUGGGGGAAAUUUUGAGGAAAGUCAAACGACACCAAAUACCGUCUUCAUAGGGACAGGAACGGACCAUUUAAACAGAGACGCCAUUAAUUGUAUCGCCUGUGCGCAGUUGCUUUGAAACUACAGUAAAAUGGAUCCAAUGACUCAAUCCGCCCAGAUAUCAUCGUCGCAGGGGCUUGCCGAUGGACUGAAUGCUGCUGCUAAAGAAUCCAAGCUGUCCGAUUCCUUUCUUUCCUCUUCGCCUGUAUCUCUCAUUCCGUCUCCUCAAGACAAGCGAGUGGUCCUGGGCUCUGACAAGCCCAGCGAAAGUGUUGCGACAUCCCUCCACUUUCCUGCUCAACCUGGCUUGUUCACCGCCGGAAAUUUCGGCAGUGAAGCCGGGCCGCCGGACGGACAACCGGAGUCCCCGAUAAAGACGUCUCCUGUGUCGGAGCGAAUAAAGGCCCUGGAGGCUCUAGCUGCCAAAAAAAAGGAUCCUGAUUUUAGAAGUGAUGGAGGUUUCUCUCAUUUCAGAGACCGCCACCAUGAAAAAUCUCCCAUUGACUCCCCCAAAUCUCCCAUUGACUCUCCCAAAUUGCCCUUUGCCGCCCCCAAAUCUCCCUUUGACUCCUCCAAAUCUCCCAUUGACUCUCCCAAAUCUCCAUUUGACUCCAAAUCUCCCAUUGAUGUCGCCAAAUAUCCCAUUGACUCCCCCAAAUCUCCCAUUGACUCUCCCAAAUUGCCCUUUGCCGCCCCCAAAUCACCCAUUGACUCCUCCAAAUCUCCCUUUGACUCUCCCAAAUAUCCCUUUGACUCUCCCAAAUAUCCCUUUGACUCUCCCAAAUAUCCCUUUGACUCCUCCAAAUCUCCCAUUGAUGUCGCCAAAUAUCCCAUUGACUCUCCCAAAUUGCCCUUUGCCGCCCCCAAAUCUCCCUUUGACUCCUCCAAAUCUCCCAUUGACUCUCCCAAAUCUCCAUUUGACUCCAAAUCUCCCAUUGAUGUCGCCAAAUAUCCCUUUGACUAUCCCAAAUUUCCCAUUGCCGCCCCUAAAUCUCCCUUUGACUCCUCCAAAUCGCCAAUUGACUCCCGCAAAUCUCCCUUUGACGCCCCUAAAUCUCUCUUUGACUCUCCUAAAUCUCCCUUUGACUCCCCCAUGUCUCAAACCGAAGCCCCCAAGUCUUUCACCAACACCCCCAAAUCUCCCAUUGACUCUCCCAAAUCUUCCAUUAACUCCCCCGAAUCUUCCAUUGACUCUCCCAAAUCACCCAUUGAAUCCUCCAUUGACGCCCCCAAAUCUCACAUUGGCUCCCCCAUGUCUCUCACCGACGCCCCCACGUCUUUCACCAAUGCCCCCAAAUCUCCCAUUGACUCCACCAAAUCUCCCAUUGACUCCACCAAAUCUCCCAUUGACUCACGCAAAUCUCCCUUUGACUCCUCUAAAUCACCCAUUGACUCUCCCAAAUCUCCCAUUGACUCUCCCAAAUUUCUCUUCGACUCCCCCAAAUCUCCCAUUGACUCUCUCAAAUCCGCCAUUGACUCUCCCAAAUCUCCCAUUGACUCUCCCAAAUCGCCCAUUGACAAUCCUAAAUUGCCCUUUGCCGCCCCCAAAUCACCCAUUGACUCCUCCAAAUCUCCCUUUGACUCUCCCAAAUAUCCCUUUGACUCUCCCAAAUAUCCCUUUGACUCUCCCAAAUCUCCAUUUGACUCCCCCAAAUCUCCCAUUGCCUCUCUCAAAUCCGCCAUUGACUCUCCCAUUGACUCUCCCAAAUCGCCCAUUGACAAUCCCAAAUCUCCCUUUGUCUCCUCCAAAUCUCCCAUUGAUGUCGCCAAAUAUCCCUUUGACUCUCCCAAAUCUCCAUUUGACUCCAAAUCUCCCAUUGAUGUCGCCAAAUAUCCCUUUGACUCUCCCAAAUCUCCAUUUGACUCCAAAUCUCCCAUUGAUGUCGCCAAAUCACCCUUUGAUUAUCCCAUUGACUCCCCCAAAUCUCCAUUUGACUCCUCCAAAUCUCCCAUUGAUGUCGCCAAAUCUCCCAUUGACUCUCCCAAAUCUCCAUUUGACUCCCCCAAAUCUCCCUUUGAAUCCUCUAAAUCACCCAUUGACUCUCCCAUUAACUCUCCUAAAUCUCUCUUCGACUCUCCCAAAUCUCCCUUUGACUCCCCUAUGUCUUUCACCAACGCCCCCAAGUCCUUAACCAAUGCCUCCAAAUCUCCCACUGAGAAAAUGACACCAACUGUCCAAAAAAGAGAAGGUUCAGCUGAUCAGGACUCACCAGAAUCCCCCUUUGAAGUACUUGGAGAUUUAAAACAAAUGACUGAAUUUGAAGAAACCGAUGAGUGGAUGAAGGCUCAUUUACCUCCUGUGCCAGACUUUGAUGCUGUCGAUUCAAUUAAAGACACCCUGACUUCUGACAAUAUCACAUCAAAGGAGGAGAAGGGGACUGCCAUAGUUAUUCCUGAUACUCCUGCUGCCUUCACUAGUGUCCCUGCUGCUUUCAUGGAUUCUCCUGCUCAGGCUACAAAACUGAAGGAGUUCAUUGAUGCACAGAAGCAGUCGAGUGUUGAGGAAGAGUCUGAGUUUGACCUCAGCUUUUUGCCAACAGCCUACAUGUGGGAUCAGCAAGAGAAAUUGGGUGCCCAGGCUACAUCAAAUCCUGAUUCAGUGCUUCCAGUUUCACCUGCACCUCCUACAUGCGUUGACUCCCCAUCUCCUCUUGUCUUUCCACCAGUUGGUACCGACGUUGAACACAAUGUUUCAGAUGACAAGAAGAUCAUGCGGCCCGGAGACCUGGAGCUCCUCGAGCCAAGCGAAGCUGACAGCUCAGAGUCAGAUGACACCGUCAUUGAAGAUGCUGUCACCGUUCCUGCAUCGGUUCUUCUUGCGUCUUCUGAUCCAGCAGUUUCAAAUGAUUCUAUUCUUGCUUCUGCAAAUCCCAAUCUAUCCACUGAGGGAAAUGAGCCUCCUCCACCAAAGUCUGAGAGGAAGCUAAUGCAGGUUCCUACAAUAAAUGUUAUUGAGACCGACGAGCCAAAUUACAGUGACGAAGAAAUGGAAAUGGAGCUUGAAUAUCAGGAUUAUGAGGCUGUAAAACAACCUGCUAGAGCAACUCCAGAGCCAGAUGACGGAAAAAAUGAACAACCAAAAACACGCCCCUUAGAAAUGGAAUUCAUGGAAGGCUACUCUCCUCCAUCCUCACCUGUGGACUCUGAUGCCGAGUACUCUCCUAAACACAACAUACUCGCAUCUUUACCUAAAACAGUAAAUCAGGAAUCAUUAUCAAAACCUGAGGCCCAAUCCGAUCAAACCCAAUCUGAAAAAUCACAGGACAUCCCCAGUAAAGUAAAGAAUGAACCUUCCGCUUUCAGAGUCACAAACAAAGAAGUGGACUUCCCAGACAAUGAUGACGAGUGGUCAGAUGAAGCACAAGAGAUCAUGGUCAAACCUUGCAAGACUGGUCUUGCAUUCAUGGAAACCACUGCUUGUACCCAAUCCAAGAUGGAUGAAAAGAGCAACACAGUUGCAAAGGAUGUUUGCGUGGAGACUGCUUCUCGUUCUAACAUGUGCUUCAUGCAAGAUGAUGUCUACGACAGACAAUCAUUUGAUUAUGAUUAUGAUGCAUCCUGUCCCUUCGAUGACAUUAAUGAAAAAGGGUUAAAGAAUGCUAAGCAGCGGUUUCUCUCUGAUCCUUCUCCAAUCCUCAUUGAACCACUGAAUGCACAGUGUCAAAAUCUGGCCGAUCUCACUUCAGGAAAUGAUGACGAUGCCUUCCCCAAGACAAUUGGUCUAAGAGAAUAUCCCCAAGAUCCAUAUUCCUCUUUCCAAAGCGAGACCAGAAGCGACAUCAAUGAGCAAGAUUUAAUUCAGAAAAUAACCACUGAUGUUGUUGCAGAUAACAUGGCAAAUGGCAGCUUCCUCGCAGCACAGAAAACCACCUCAAAGACUCAUCAGGACACGAAAGCAGGCCACCAUGCACCUGACUCGACAAGCAACACAGAAAGCAUUGCCCCAGGCAGCGUAAUGUCUGAGCCUACAGAUAGUUUUGUAGAGUUCAUGCGAGUGUGCAUGAAAUCAAGGCAGGAUGAAGAACCCGAGGACACGCACCAAGCUGUCUCUUGCAAUAACACGUUGUGCAAAACCGGUAUGCCUCCUUCUCAGUCUACUCCAACCAUGGUGAUGAAUCUUGAACAAGAACGGCUUACUAUCAACGCUCUCAAAGAGUUGGGGAGUAGUCAAGAGGAUGAGGAAGAGGUGGAGCCUCUCCAUUCAAGGGUUCCUGACCAGAGCAAAGCUAAACCCAGCGGGACAUCUCCACAGCCGUCUUCCUUUGCAGCAGUUCCUAAUCCUUCAUUUUCCCAAAGCAACCGAGUGUCUGACGGCACGUAUUCCAAAGAGGUAGACGCCAUCGACGAAUGGGUGGCUGAAGCCUAUCAUCUUGCUGAGCAUGUCUUGACAGCAAUACUAACCCACUUAUCAGUUAAGGAUCUGAUCCACUGGCGGGACCCCAAGAAGUCAGGCUUGGUGUUCGGGCUGUCCAUGCUGCUGCUGCUGUCGCUGGCCGCCUUCAGCUUCAUCAGCGUGGCCUCCUACCUCCUGCUGGCGCUGCUCUGUGUCACCAUCACCUUCCGCAUCUACAAGUCCGUCGUGCAGGCAGUGCAGAAGUCCAGCGACGGCCACCCCUUCAAAACCCUGAUAGAUAAGGAUGUCAGCAUCCCCCCGGAGACCUUCCGCAAGCACGUGGACUCCAGUCUGACCCACAUCAACCGAGCCCUGAAGCAGAUGAGCCGCCUCUUCCUGGUGGAGGACCUCGUGGACUCCCUGAAGCUGGCUGUGGUCAUGUGGCUGUUCACCUACGUAGGAGCCGUCUUCAAUGGCAUCACCAUUCUCAUCCUGGCUGACAUCCUCCUCUUCGCCGUGCCUCCCGUUUACGAGAAGAACAAGACCCAGAUCGAUCAGUACAUCGACGUGAUCCGCACUCAAGUCAACACCACGAUGGCCAAGUUGCAAGAGAAACUUCCCGGAGCUGUGAAGCGCAGCAAAACUGAAUGAUCAACCCCCAAUUCGAAGCCUCCAUGUCACCAUCAUCCUCCUCCUCCUCUCCAUCACCAUCUUGGAGCCCCCUGACCUUCUCCUCCCCCUCUCCAGAUGCCCCCCCGCCCCAGUCUAACUCCCCCCUAUUCCAUCAACCAUCGCCACUCUACUACACUGAACCUUGCUAGGUAGAAAAUCUCUUGAGCUACUCGAUAUUCAAUGUAAAACUACUGCGCAGCUUAACUUAAAAAGCAUUAAAAAGAACUGUGCCUGUGCAGACAGGAAGCGUGUUGCUAGCGAGGAAGUGAGUUGCACCGCGGCGGGGGACGGAGGCCGGGACGCGUGAACUAGACUGAAUCAUGACCUGGUGUCGUCGUGUAGAGCGAGCAGGGGGGUGAUGGCGGUUGACGUCUCAAAAACAAGCAAACGUCUGUACUUAAAACCACAAAGGCAAACGGAUCAUUUAAGAUGGAGAAGUAAAGAUAACAAAAAAAGACAGACAAAUGUUUUGGGUGUACUUGUGGCUCGUCUUAUCCUGCUCUCUUAAUCUACAGCUGGUCGUAUGAGUUAUUUCUAGAGGCUGCUAACGGGUUUGCUGUCCUUUAGCCUCCGUUCAGCUCACAGCUACAUCUGUAUGUUUCUGCAAUGCACUGAACAUUUAUUCUUUUCAAGCUCACGAGCAGGUUGAAAUAAAAGCGUUGGAACACUGA